AUGACCGGCCUCAAGCCAUCCUCCUUCCCCCACGACACCACCUCCCCCCUGCAUCCCACCACCCACCUCUCCAUCUCCCACCCCCCAUCCUCCCAGUCCACCCUCCGCAUCGCCCCAAUUCUCAGCACGCACCAGGCCACACCGUCGCCGACACUCCCCGUCCUCGCAGUGACCUCAUCCUCAUCGCUCUCCCGCACGCUCACCUGCCGUGCCGUCAGCGACGACGAAGGCCACGACGACACAGACGACGGCGGGCAACCUCCGCUAGCGACGCUGUCCAGCCCGCUCCUCGCCUUUGGGCGCUGGACCAUCUCGUUCUCUGCGGCUGCGUCUCUAAGUGAAGCGGCCGGGAGCGGAGAAGGAGAAGCGAGACGAAGGGGAGAUGCGGGAGAAGGAGAAGGAGGAACAGGAUGCCCAGGAUUGCGCAUAGGUGACAUUGAGCUCCACCCCGUCAGCUCCCGCAGCAGCGCCGACGUCUUCGUUCUCUCCGGCGUGCCCUUCUUCUGGGAGCGUGGUGACGGCGCCACGCGCACGCUACACAAGGUCGUCAACGGGCGCAAGGUAGACGUCGCGAUAUUCACAGGCAGACGCACGCGAGAUGCCGAGGGCGUGAUGGCUGUUGAUGAGACACACGUCAAUGCUUUGGUCGCGGCGGUCACUUGCGUCGCGGUGCUGAAGCGGACUGACUCCUUUCGAAUGUGA